AUGCCUGCUUAUUUCCAGCGCCCCGAAAAUGCACUCAAACGUGCAAAUGAGUUUAUGGAUGUUGGCAAACGACAGAGAGCCUUGGAAACUCUGUCAGAUGUCAUCAAAAGUAAACGUCAUCGAACAUGGCAGAAGGUGCACGAACCUAUCAUGCAGAAAUACCUACAGUUGUGUGUUGAGUUGAGAAAAAGUCACAUUGCUAAAGAAGGUCUCUAUCAAUAUAAGAAUAUAUGUCAACAGGUAAAUAUUGCCUCGUUAGUGGAUGUUGUCAGGUGUUAUAUUCAACUAGCAGAAGAAAGAACUGAGGCUGCUCGUGAGAAAUCACAUCAGAAAGUUGUAGAUGUUGAUGAUUUAGAUUUACCUGAUUCUCCAGAAAGUAUGUUAUUGAAGGCAGUGAGUGGUGAAGAUACCCAAGACAGGACUGACCGAGCUAUUCUCACCCCCUGGGUCAAGUUUCUGUGGGAAUCGUAUCGUCAGUGUUUAGAUUUGUUACGUAAUAACUCGAGAGUAGAGAGACUGUAUCAAGAUAUAGCUCAACAAGCUUUUAAGUUCUGUUUGAAAUAUGCUCGUAAAACUGAAUUCAGAAAACUUUGUGACAAUCUACGUACUCAUCUUGGACAUAUUCAUAAACAUCAACACCAACAAACUGCUAUUAACCUGAAUAAUGCUGAAUCCCAGGCCAUGCACCUCGAAACCAGACUGGUUCAGUUAGACUCUGCUAUUAACAUGGAACUAUGGCAGGAGGCAUUCAAGGCUGUAGAAGAUAUUCAUGGUUUGAUAAGUUUGUCAAAGAAACAGCCCCGCCCUUCCUUGAUGGCCAACUACUACCAGAAACUAGGUUUGGUAUUCUGGAAGUCUGGAAAUAGACUGUUCCAUGCCAGCACCUUACACAGACUUUACCAUCUUUCUCGAGAACAGAGGAAAAAUCUGGCUCCAGAUGAGCUCACUCAGAUGGCCUCUCGUGUAUUGUGUGCCACACUUGCCGUACAGAUUCCCCCAUCCCAUAAUGCUAUUGGUGAGUUAUUAGAAUUAAACGAGAGUGUAUUAGACAAGAAGAGACAGCUAGCCACGUUGUUGAUGUUACCCAACCCCCCAACUCGACAAGGUCUUAUCAAAGAUUUAGUAAAACAUGGAGUAAUGCAGAACGUAUAUCCUGAAUUACGUAGUCUGUAUCAAUGGCUGGAGGUAGAUUUUCAUCCCCUCAGUCUGUAUAAACGUGUAACAGCUCCUCUAGAUACUAUCGCUAAGAAUGAUGAACUGAGUCAAUAUGAGCCUGCUCUAGAAGAUAUUGUUAUAACUAGAGUGCUGAAACAGGUUUCUCAAGUUUACCAGACUAUAGAGUUUUCACGCCUCGCCUCACUGGUUCCAUUUGCUACCAAAUUCCGUUUGGAGAGAAUUAUUGUGGAUGCCAAGAAAACCCUGGAACUUCAGGUUCGAAUCAACCAUCAAACAGAGUCAUUAACUUUUGGUACGAAUUUAGACAUGGCCCAGCGUGAAGACGUGCCUGAAGGACCGUAUAUACAGAAUAUGCCUUCUGAACAGAUUCGUAAUCAAUUGACAGUCAUGGCCAGAUCUUUACAUAAAGCCAUUAAUCUUAUUGUUCCUGAGCAGAAACAGGCUGAAAGAGAGAGUCUAAAGAUGAAGAUUAUGGGUGAAUAUCGAACAUCCGCUAAACGUGACCACGUUAAAAUACUACAGAGACGCCAGAUUAUAGAAGACAGGAAGGAACAGCUGGAACAUUUUGUAGAUCAGAGGGAGAAGGAAGAGAUGGAAGAACAAGAGGCUCAGAGAAGUAAAUUAUAUGAAGAGGAAAUGGCCAGACUAGAACGUGAAGUAGAGGAAAGAAAGAAACAUAGAGCAGUACUAGAACAUCAAGAAAUUAAACGUAAACAUGUUAAGGAACGAAUUGAACAGCUGCGUAAAUCAGAAAUGGGAUCUAAAUUUCUUGAGAAAUUUGACGAAGAGGAUAUUGCUGACCUGGAUGUAGAUGAGAUCAUGGCUAAACAAGUAGAACAACUGGAGAAAGAGAAGAAAGAAUUAAACGAAAGACUGAAACUACAGGAGAGAAAGGUGGAUCAUUUAGUUCGAGCUCAGAGAAUAGAAGAAUUGCCAUUAUUAGAAAAGAAAAUAGAAGAAAAUGGAAGAUUGGCUCGUGAGUUUUGGGAACAGCAAGAGAAUGAAAGGAUAGAGAAGCUGGUAGCUGAAAGAAAACAGGCGUUAGAAACAAAGAAAAGAUUGUCCAGAAUCCGUGAAGAUAAAGAAGCCUUCGUUAAUAAAUUACAAGAUACAAGGUUUUCAGAAUAUGAGGAUAAAUUAGCCGAUUUUGAACAGCAUAUGACCAAAGAAAGAAACAAGAGAAUGAAAGAACGAAAGGAAAAGAGGAAGAUAGAAAGAAGAGAGAAAUGGAUAAAAGAAAGAGAAGAGGAGAGACAAAGGAUUAGAGAUGAACAAAUGUUGAGAGGUAAGAUUUUCCUUUUCCAACUCAUUUCUGGUCUAUUUCAUUUUCUUCAUGAUUGUUUCUCUCUAAAUUAUUGUUUAAAACCGUUCAAUUUUCAAAAGUAG